AUGUCUGCAGCCGAGACGGGCGACGCCGUGCAGCAAGUGCUCCAACUGACCUUUGGCCUUGGCGCCGACGAGCUUCGCGGACAGAUCCAAGAUCUUAUCCGCGUCUUCGACAAACGGACCGAAGAAGACGACCUCAAGGAGAUUCUCCAGAUCACGCACCCCAAGGCCCGACACCUCAAUGGCUGGCACCUGGAGCGCCUCGCCAUGGAGGAGUACGAGGAACACACGCCUCAAGACAUUCAACGCAAGAUCCAUGGCAUCAAGAAGGAUAUGCGGACGAGCCGAUCCUUGGUCGAUGCGAUUCUGAACCGCGAAAAGGACUGGGCCACGAAGCGCGACGGGCUCGUCACGGCCAAGAUGGAGCAGCGCGAGGCCAUGCAGGUCGAGCUGGACGUCGCCAAGCGCAUUGUCCAGAAGCUCCAUGCCGCCGACGAGAUGAACUGCCCGACCGAGUCCCUCGCCGCCAAGCUUGCCGAGCCCGCGCCUGUGGAAGAGCGCUUGCUCGCGUCGCACGCGACCGAAGCCACUGCAUCUGGGAACGUUGACCUCAGCGAGGCGCCUUCCAUCUAA